AUGAGAACUCAUAACUCGAGCAGCUAUGGCAUCAAGUGGGACAGUGAGUUCGCUCCAGAUCUGGAGGCUCCGCCACAAGUCCGGCGCCUGGGUGCCUUAGCUAAAUUCUUUAUGGUAAACUGGACACGAACGCAGAAUCACACGCUGCUACAACAGCUUAUCGGCGGUGUGCGCUACUUUGAUUUCCGCGUGGCCACGGGCAGGCACCAAAAGACUACCAGUGACAGCACAAAGGUCCUCUCGUCUGUCUCAAAAGAAACCCAGCAGAGGUCGGAUCAAGGUCAAGUAUUACUGAACGACUCAGCAUCUCUGUCUCUGCCGGCAACAGAUAAUUUGUUCUUCGUUCAUGGCCUCUAUGCGAAUUCAAUUCGGACAGACCUAAACGAAAUUAAAAUGUUCCUGCAAAGCCACCCGCGGGAGAUUGUUCUUCUAGACUUUAAUCAUUUCUAUGAUAUGGAUUCAUCGCAUGCUGAAAAGUUUUACAAUUUACUUCAGCAGGUAAUUAUUUAUAUUUUCCCAUCUCAUGAUGUAUAA